AUGGGUCUCCCGGACGAAACAAAUGAGCAGCGGGAUCGUCGAUUUCACAAGCUGUUCAAUUCAAUUGACAUCGAUAAGACUGGUAAAGUCGAUCUCGAACAAUUGACAAGGGCAUUUCAAAGGAGCAAUCACCCACUCAAAAAAUCGCCCGAAGCUAUUGAACAGAUGUUUCGGUCACUGGAUUGUAAUAAUGACUCCAUCGUGGAUUUUGAAGAUUUCAAGAAAUAUGCGCUGACCGCAGAAAGUCAAAUACGGCAAGGAUUCCUAAAGCUCGAUCGAUAUCAGGAUGGUAAAAUUCGUACUAGCGAACUAUCCACGUAUCUGAGUAAACUGGCGGAAAACAAUGAGCCGCGACCGGAAAAGUCGUCGACCUUUAAAAACUUCUUGCGUUGGGCGUUCACAGCAAAGAGAAAGGAGGCCGAAAGCUCGCCUUACAUCACAUACGACCAAUGGCGCGACUUUCUUUUGUUUAUGCCUCGCAAAAAAGGCUCGCGAUUGCAUACUGCAUACUCAUACUUCUAUCUAUUCAAUGAAGAUGUGGAUUUAUCUUCCGAAGGUGAUGUAACGUUGAUCAACGAUUUCAUUCGAGGUUUUGGGUUUUUCAUUGCGGGCGGUGUUUCUGGUGUUAUAUCGAGAACCUGUACUGCACCCUUCGAUAGAAUAAAAGUUUUCCUCAUCGCAAGAACUGAUUUGACCUCGACUUUUCUAAAUUCCAAGGAUUCAGUGUUGAAACAUAAUCCAGGAGCUGACGUAGCUAAGAUCAAAUCCCCAUUGGUGAAAGCGGCAACCUCACUCUACAGACAGGGCGGUAUCCGUGCUUUUUACGUCGGAAAUGGGCUGAAUGUUAUAAAAGUAUUCCCCGAGUCGGCAAUUAAGUUUGGGUCUUUUGAAAUCGCUAAGCGAAUGAUGGCUCAACUAGAAGGAACCAAUGAUACAUCGCAGCUAUCAAGAUUCUCAACUUAUAUUGCUGGUGGUAUGGGAGGUGUCAUGGCACAGUUUUCGGUCUAUCCUGUCGACACGUUAAAAUACAGAGUACAAUGUGCCCCACUGAAUGCCCACAAGAAGGGAUCGCGGCUAAUGAUUGAGACUGCGAAACAAAUGUACAGGGAUGGCGGCUUGAAACUAUUUUACCGAGGUGUCACAGUUGGCGUGACAGGUAUUUUUCCUUACGCCGCAUUGGAUUUGGGUACUUUUUCUGCUCUCAAGAAAUGGUAUAUUACGCGAAAAGCUCAAAUGACAGGCGUUUCAGAGGAUCAGGUCACUAUGAGCAAUGUGUUUGUCCUUCUUAUGGGGGCUUUUAGUGGCACUGUUGGUGCCACUUUGGUUUAUCCCAUCAAUCUCUUGAGAACCAGACUACAGGCUCAGGGUACAUAUGCUCAUCCUUAUCAGUACGAUGGGUUUAGAGAUGUGUUCUCGAAAACUGUGCAAAGGGAAGGUUAUCCGGGUCUCUUCAAGGGUCUUGUGCCAAACUUGGCUAAGGUAUGCCCGGCUGUCUCGAUCAGCUAUUUAUGUUACGAAAACCUCAAAAGAGGUAUGAAAUUGGAAUGA